ACCAAGUGGAUCUCAACAUACUUGGCUCUGGACACAGGUAUUGAAGAGUGAACAGAGGAUCUUAGUUGACUCUCCCGGCCUAAAGGGUACAGCAUGUCUGAAAUACAUGACAACAUUUUCACAAAGAACCUUUUGAACCUGGCCCUGGAUGAUGCCUUUCUCCCAAGACUGUCUCAGCUCAAAGUCCCAAAACAGGGUCGACAGAACCGGUCCACCUCGUUCUUCUCCCCCUCUUCCCCGCCUGGCUCUUCCAAUCUCAGUUUCAGCACUGAGCAUAUCAACGACGAUGACAGUGGCAGCUCGCUAUGGUCAUCAAACAUCUGGAGUCAGCCACCCGGUCUCCAAACGAAAGCAUCUGCUCUUCAGGUACGCUCCAUGAGCCUAACUGAGUCCAGCAUCUCCCUGCUCUCCCCCUUUGGACAACGCAAGAACCUGGAAGCUUUUCCCUCUGGACCUGUCACAACUGUGGCUCCUCCACCGGGCUUCCCUCCCGCAGCCAACCUGCCCCCCCAGGUGCCACCCAUGCUGUCGUCCAACCGCUACAAGACUGAACUCUGCCGUGGCUUCCAGGAGACAGGCAGCUGUAAAUAUGGCAGCAAGUGCCAGUUUGCCCACGGUGAAGCGGAGUUGCGUGGAAUGUAUCGCCACCCCAAGUACAAGACAGAGCCUUGCAGAACCUUCUACAACUUUGGGUACUGCCCAUAUGGUUCUCGCUGCCACUUUAUCCACGAGGAAAAAAUCAGUGAAGGCCAACUAACAUCUGGCAAAUUCCAGACUCAGCGCCAGCCAACUCCCAACGCAACCAAUGGCCAGAAUCCGCGCCACCAACUCCGCCAGAGUGUCAGCUUUGCAGGGUUCCUGGGCUCGUCACGGACCUCCCCUCCUCCGGCAUUCCCGACAUCCUUCACUGAUCCAAAUCUGGGCUUCAGCAGGGCUGCUUCUGUGUCUCCACCUCCAGCAGAUCUGAUGUCUCCAGUGUUUGGCGACUCCCUCACGCCGGAAGUAGCAGCAUUCCAGUUUGGCACCCAUCAAACCCGUGCCAGCUCUGGAGACAUCCACAACAUUCCUCUCAUUGUGGAACCAAAAGCCUCGCGCUGCAUGUGCGGCCACGGGAAUGACUUCUCUGCUUUGCACGGCAACAACGGCAGAGGCUUUGCCAAGAUGGUGGAUGGGAACCAGCAUGACAGCAGUGCCUUGUUUGCAGGUUCCAGCCAUGGUGGAUCAAUGAAGCAUGCUAGUCUCCAGCGUUUCUCCUCAGAGGACUCCCUAGAAGACAGCUACAGCAGUAGCAGCGGAGGUUCCAGCGGGUCUGAGUCUCCGACUUUCGAUGGAUCGGCCACCAAGAGGCUUACUGUAUUUGAACGUCUGUCCUUGUCCGACUAAGGGAAACCACAGAAGAGAACUUUGUCUCUAGUCUUUCUUCAGAACCAGAACUGAUCAGGACAAAGUCAUCUUUUGAUGACACAAUAACACAUAAUGUUCUUAAUUCAUGUUUGUCAAAUCUGAACUUGUCUUUGACAAAGAGAUCACUGUAGCAAUAUAACAACAAAUUCACAUUAUAAGUGUAGCAAAUCAGACCUUUUUAUGUGGUCUUCCAUAGAUUGUGACCAUACCAGCAAUUUGGCUGGUUUGCAAAUUUACAUCUGCAGUGAUCAAAAUGGCUCAUCAGUUGAGAAAAUCUGUAGUAUCGUGCCUGGAACAUUCUCCCUGCCUCACAAGCUUGUGCUCCUCAGUGCCAAGAACAGUAUGUUUGAUCCCGUGGCCUUCAUGAGGAAGACUUCACGUGUGUAAUUGAUGACAUUUUAUCUGUGACAUGCACUUUAUAGCAAAUUUGAGGGAGAAAACUGCCUCCCGGUAGCAUUUAACCAAUGCUUCAUACAUCACUCUACUGCGUGUGCGCGCGUGUGUGUGUGUGUGUGUGGAGGGGCGGGGGGGGUUGUAACUCACUUGUUUUUUCUGAGACCAGGGGUGCAAGCGGAUGCAAGAUCAAAGUGUGCAACAGAAAAUUAGAUGUCAAAUGUAAAUACAUGACCCACUUUUUAACAUUUUGUAAUCUUGGGCGCUUUCUUAAUGUCACCGCCGCCCCCCACCCCAACCCUCCACCCCUCCCCCGUAUACCUCUUCUAAGGUCCCCUGUUUGAUCGACAGCCUGGUUCAGGGACUUGAACACAGUAUUCCUUUUGGUUAUUGGUUGCCUUGCAUUGUUUAACUUAAAGUAAUAUAUUUAUUGUCAUAUUUAUUUCUGUUAAAAUAAAAAAAAAAAUGUAUUUUGUACUUUAUUUAUGAAGAAUUAUUCCGAGGUCUGUGAACUACCAAUGUGAGAAAAGGGAGUUGAAAAAGAGAAUCUUAUAUUUUUAAUUGUCCAAAGUGUCGAAAUAAAUUUCUGAAUAAGGAAA